GAUUCUCUCUGCCUGCCUCUCCUCAGACUGACAAUGGCUGAAGCCCAGCUGUUUGUAUCACAGGACGAGUUCACCUCCUCGGUGUGUCUGGACCAUCCUCUGUGGUCACAAUUUCUGUUUGAAGUGCCUCACAGACUGCUGGAAUCAGAGCCAAGAAUGCAGCUGUCCUCAGUGCAGACACACCUUCACCACAAGGCCUGAGCUGAACAGAAACACUCUGCUGAAUGAAGUCAUCAAGAAAUGAAAGAAGACAGGAUUCAGUCCUCCUCCAUCUCAGAAUAAUGCUGGCCCUGGAGAUGUGGAGUGUGAUUUCUGUACUGGUAAGAAGUUCAGAGUGGUGAAGUCCUGUCUAACCUGCAUGGCCUCCUACUGUCAGACUCACCUGCAGCCUCACUAUGAAGGAGACGCCCUGAGGCACCACAAGCUGGUUGAUCCUGAUAGAAAUCUGAAGGAGAAACUCUGUGAGAAACAUCAGAAGAGUUUGGAGAUAUUCUGUAAAACUGAUGAGACGUGUAUCUGGGUGAUGUGUGUGCUGACUGGACAUAAUGGGCAUAAAAUGGCUGAGCUAGAGACAGAAAGAGAAAAAAAGAGCCUGCAGACCAGAACCACUGGCAGGGGUGUGAUCAUCAUGUGGGCUACUCAUUGAAACAUCUAACAUUCUGACCCUCCUGAGGUGUUCUUAAAAAGAUGAGUAGUAAGUCACCAUGGAGUGUCAUUCAAAACUUAACAAAACACCAGGUUUGGACAAAUGAACAGAGACACUUUGUAGUGCUGCCACAUUCUUAUGUUCACAGACAAAUGAAUUUUAAGCAACCAACUUCUUAAAAACAAUGAAGUCUAUGAAGUGGCCUUAUUAUUUUCAAUUUAGUAUGAAUCAGAUCACUAAUACUGGCACUUAAUUCUUGGUCUAUUUAAUUAAUUUUUUUAUUUGGCUAUCACAUUGUUUAACA